AUUAUCAGCACAGUAAUUUCAAAGGAGAGCUUUGGCGAUAUCAUUGUAAAUACGACGGGGUCCAUUAUUAAUUAAAAGAAGAAAAAGUAGUAACUUGAGCCUACUGAACAAAACGAAACGUUCAACUUUAAUCACAAUUUUCUGGCGUUCGUGUUAAUAAACAUUGAUUUUUAAAAUGAAUAUUCUUCCAAAGAAAAGAUGGCAUGUGAGGACGAAAGAAAACAUAGCAAGGGUAAGGAAAGAUGAAGCUGAAGCAGCUGAAAAAGAAAGGCAAGAGAGAUUACGUAUAGAGAUUGCCAAUAAAGAAGCCCGUCUUCAUGUCUUGAAACAAAAAAGUAAACAAAAGUUACAAGAUUUAGAUGUCAAAUUAUGUGAAAAAGAUCCUACAGUUGCUAAACCUGACCAUAUUAAUUUAUUUGAAGAUUUAGAGCAUUCAGUAUCUACAACUAAUAAAGAUCAUGACUUGGAAGCAAAAGAAAAGAAGGAAGAAUAUGAAAAAAAGAUUGGUUAUUUGACAUAUCUCGGGCAAGAUACCAAUGAAGCUCAAAAAAAGAAAAACUGGUAUGAAGUGCCACCAGAGUCAUCUAGGUAUGCACGGUCUACUGAAAUAAAGGAUACAUAUGAAAAACUUGUUUUGAAAGACCCUGAUGGUAAACCAAAAGAAAAAGAAUUAGACAUAAAAAAUGGUGAGGUUUGCUGGAAAGCCAAACAGAAAUUAGAUCCCAUGAAUGCUUUUAAGUCAUUUUGCUCACAAAACAAAGCUAAUAAUGAAAGUAGUGCAAAAGAAGCCAGCUCCAAAAAUUCUAAUCAAAUAUUAAGUAAACUUAAACGUAAAAACAAUAACAUAAACGAGAAAGAAGAAAAGCUUAAAAAAUUAAGAGAAGCAAGGUUAAAGAGGGAACAGCAAGAAAAAUACAGAACUGAAAUGUUCUUGAAGAAACUUGGUGGAGCGGAAUCACCAAUCGAUGAACAACCAAAAUUACCUAAAGUAACACCUAAAUACAAUUCCCAAUUUAACCCUGAAUUAGCUAGACAAAAUUAUAGAUAGUAUAAACAUAUCAACUAUAUGUUUUGUCUACAACAAUGAAACUGUGCUUUUGAAUAACUCUACCUAUAAUCAAGCAGGAAUGUGGUAAUUAAUAGAAAUUGUGCAUUGUGUUGUUGAAUCUAAACUUUUGCAAUCCACAACUUUGUCACUAUUUCUGAGAUUACCUAGAACAAAGGUGGAUUUCAUUGAUUUUAUUCAAAUAGUCAUCCCUUACAUACGGUAGGCUCCGAGCCUCUCCUUGGGGACUUAUAGUGAGCUGAUAAUGAUGGUUCAAAUUGAUCAAGUAUCCAAAAUGUUGUCCUAAUCCAUUGAAAUAAUCACAACAGAGAUAAUGUUAUAUUUAUUAAAUUAAGUUUAAAUGAUUUUUUUCACAGUUAUAUUAUAAAUUUUAACAAUAU